UACUUGGACCAGGAGUACACAAACCAUCCUAACUAUCCCAAACCGCUACGCGUGAGAAUUAAAUCCUACCUAGCAAUACUAAACUUUUCUCUCCUAGGCAUGUACAAAAGAACAAUCCAUCCAGUACCACCUUGGGAAACCAUUAAAAUCAACACAAACUGGAACUUGGCAGAAAGAGAUAAAAAAAUCACAACUGCAAGGAACUAUCAAUCAUUGUUCCAAGAAACUAAAGCAAACUACCCGCACUACCUAGAAAUUUACACUGAUGGCUCCAAGAAGGACAACAAAGCAGGCUGUGCCUUAUUCUCUGAAGAUACCACAGAAAUACACAAACUACCUGAUGCAUACUCAAUCUUCUCUUGCGAACUAUUCGCUAUCUGGAAAACCCUACAACUGGCCAAGGAAAAUCUCACUGACCAAAACUUGGUCAUUUAUACUGACUCCAGCUCUAUCCACCAACGGAAUCAGAUCACUAAUCAACUUCUUGAAGAAUACGAAACUAAU